CCCGCGAGCGGACGCGGCAGCGCCUCUGUCUCGCUUUUUCUUAUUUUCCCCCCUUUCCCCUUCCUUUUUUUUUUCCUUUUCCCCCUUCCCCCCAUUUCACCAUUUCCCCUCUGAGGCGCUUCCCCCGGGCAGGGGCAGAGCCGGUCUCCCCCCCCCGCCUCUCCCCGGCCCCCGCCGCCUUAUGGCGAGAGGGAACCCCCUCCCCACCCGGGCACAAGCGGCGGCGGUUGGAGGAGAGGGACCGGCGGUGGCGGCGGCGGCCUCAGGUCCGGCUGCGUCAUGGAACUAAUUCGCUGACCGACCCACCGGCCGCAGCCGUGCGUCCCGCUCGAGCGCCCGCGCCCCGCAGCCCGGUUCCCCCUCUUCUCCCUCCUCGGUCGGCCCAGUCCUCGUCCCGCGCGCCCCGCCGCCGCGCGCUGAGGAAGAUGAGGUGGUAACGAGCCCCCGGAUGACCCCGCGUCACCACUGUGAGGCCUACAGCUCUGCCGGGGAGGAGGAAGAGGAGGAGGAAGAAGAGGAGGAGAAGGUAGCUACAUCAAGCUGGGUGGCAGGCAGAUCCAAAGGAUAUCAUGAAGUUUCCAGGGCCUUUGGAAAACCAGAGAUUGUCUUUCCUGUUGGAAAAGGCAAUCUCUAGGGAAGCCCAGAUGUGGAAGGUGAAUGUGCCGAAAAUGCCUACAAAUCAGAAUGUUUCUCCAUCCCAGAGAGAUGAAGUGAUUCAGUGGCUGGCCAAACUCAAGUACCAAUUCAACCUUUACCCAGAAACAUUUGCUCUGGCCAGCAGUCUUUUGGACAGGUUUUUAGCUACUGUAAAGGCCCACCCAAAAUACUUGAGUUGUAUUGCAAUCAGCUGUUUUUUCCUAGCUGCCAAGACUGUUGAGGAGGAUGAGAGAAUUCCAGUACUGAAAGUGUUGGCAAGAGACAGUUUCUGUGGAUGUUCUUCAUCUGAAAUUCUGAGGAUGGAGAGAAUUAUUCUGGAUAAGUUGAAUUGGGAUCUUCAUACAGCCACACCAUUGGAUUUUCUUCACAUUUUUCAUGCCAUUGCAGUGUCAACUAGGCCUCAGUUACUUUUCAGUUUGCCCAAACUGAGCCCGUCUCAACAUUUGUCAGUCCUUACCAAGCAACUACUUCACUGUAUGGCCUGCAACCAACUUCUGCAAUUCAAAGGAUCCAUGCUUGCUCUGGCCAUGGUUAGUUUGGAAAUGGAGAAACUCAUUCCUGAUUGGCUUCCUCUUACAAUUGAAUUGCUUCAGAAAGCACAGAUGGAUAGCUCCCAGUUGAUCCACUGUCGGGAGCUUGUGGCACAUCACCUUUCUACUCUACAGUCUUCCCUGCCUCUAAAUUCCGUUUAUGUCUACCGGCCCCUCAAGCACACCCUGGUGACCUGUGACAAAGGAGUGUUCAGAUUACAUCCCUCCUCUGUCCCAGGCCCAGAUUUCUCCAAGGACAACAGCAAACCAGAAGUGCCAGUCAGAGGUACAGCAGCCUUCUGCCAUCAUCUCCCAGCUGCCAGUGGGUGCAAGCAUACCUCUGCUAAACGCAAAGUAGAGGAAAUGGAAGUGGAUGACUUCUAUGAUGGAAUCAAACGGCUCUAUAACGAAGAUAAUGCUUCUGAAAAUGUGGGUCCUGUGUGUGGCACUGAUUUAUCAAGGCAAGAGGGCCAUGCUUCCCCUUGUCCACCUUUGCAGCCUGUUUCUGUCAUGUAGCUUCAGGUGUUGAACUUCAAGUGCAAAUUAAGGUCGACUACUCUGGGAAUGGGAACGUGGAAAACUAGGAAAGGCUAUAUAAAUGUGUAUACCUUUUCAGGCUGAUUUGAAGUGAGCCAUAAAAACAAAAAAAAACCCGUUUCCUUGUGUGGCUAAUUAUAAUUCAGCAUUAUUUAAGCACUUAAAGACCAAAAAAAGUGUGAAAUUCAAAAGAUCCCCAAUUUUUUUUGACAUACUUUCUUUGUAGUGUUGGUCAGUUCCACUUUUUUCUCUGCUAAAGUGUAGAUUGCCCCCGUGUCAAAAAUUCACAUUUGAUAUUUUUAAAAGUUUCAAAGUUCAUAGCUAGCAAACCCUGUCCCCAACGUCCUGAUUUAACUUGCCUCUUGCUUUUGCUUGCUUCUUCAUUGAAUACUUAAUGAAUUUUAUGCAUGUUGAUCUAUAGCCUGAUUUCCACUGAUUAGGAAACCCUCAAAAUUAUUUUUUAGCAAUUUAGUGAACAGAUUAUUUCAUUGUGACAGCCAUGUUUAAUCUAUAAUUCAAAUCCUAAUUAAUCUGAAAACGGUACUUGAAAAUUGCCCCAUAUGAAUCAGAGGUAUUAAUAGAAAAAGGACUCACAUUACCACGUUGAUUGUUGUGUUAGUCUCAUUUCAAGUUCUAGAGUUUGGAAACAAAAUUGUUUUCAUUUUUGUUUAUCUUAAAGUGAAGCUUAAAAGUGGCAUGUAAUUAGGACACUGACAGAUUUGUUGAAAGCAUCUUUGACAGUUGUAUAAAAGAAUUUGUGUAAAGUUAAUAUGUCCAAGUGCUCACCAAAGAAACAUGUAACAACUAAAAUGACAUUUUUUUUUUUGUAACUGAUCAGUUUUCACUCAUAUAUAAUCAGUAGGAGAGACUGUGUAGAUGUUGGAGCAGCUCUAUGAUUGGAGUCUGUAACAUGUAAUUGAAUUCAGUACCCUAGUUUUAUGUUAAGCUAUUAGGAUUUUCUCGGUAAAAGUUAUUCCCCCUGCCUCCCAGCUUACCUAUAUUUCUCUUAAUGACUUCUGGAUCCUGAGCUCCCUGUGCAGUUUGAAGAAGGUAUCGCAGGUCAGAACCAUGUACUGAUGAUAAAAGCCUCUGGUAGCAAUAAAAGUUGUCCUUAA